AGAGGAGACGCUCGAGCGCGGUCGGGUGCGGAGGCUGAGCUCGCGGACCCGGAGUGCAUCCGCAGACGGGCGCCGCGGCCGAGGCAACCACCCCGCCCCGGCGCCGCUUUCCUGGCGGCUCGCACGGUUAGCAAAGAUAGCUGAAGCCAACUUGUGCAGGAUUCCCCUGGCUCUUCUCACUCAAGAUCCCACCACCUCCUCUCCCUGGCAGCCUGUGUUCUGGGCUUCACCCAGACAAGUCUGAGUAGGAACAAGCCAUCUCUUCCAUCCAUAGCCAUGAAUUUCCUCCGGCGGCGCCUCUCUGACAGCAGUUUCGUGGCCAACCUGCCUAAUGGCUACAUGACAGACCUGCAGCGCCCAGACAGCUCCACCAGCUCCCCUGCUUCCCCAGCCAUGGAAAGGAGGCACCCCCAGCCCCUGGCAGCCUCCUUCUCCUCUCCAGGAUCCAGCCUCUUUAGCUCCUUUUCCAGUGCCAUGAAGCAGACCUCACAAGCCCCCUCAGGGCUGAUGGAGCCUCCAGGUCCCUCCGCUCCCAUUGUUCAAAGGCCCAGGAUCCUAUUGGUGAUCGAUGAUGCCCACACAGAUUGGACCAAGUAUUUUCAUGGAAAGAAGGUGAAUGGAGAAAUUGAGAUCCGAGUGGAGCAGGCUGAAUUCUCAGAGUUGAACCUAGCUGCCUAUGUUACUGGGGGCUGUAUGGUGGACAUGCAAGUCAUGAGAAAUGGGACCAAGGUUGUGAGGUGCUCUCACAUAGCGAGUGUUACUUCCAAAGAGUUUUAG